CACCCUGCCAUUUUCUUUGCCUAUUCUCCAAGUUAACGCAGUCUUAGAACGGAUGAGACUAUGCAUCAUUGCCGUCCAGAUGACGACAAUGAUUUUACACUGUCACUGGCCAGCGCUUCAUUCCAAACUGGGUCGGAGUCCUUGGAGAUAACCUCUUUUGGUUUAGUCAAGCAGAUUGUAGCAGCACAGCGCCAGACUUGCGCGGAGUGCAGCGAAUAUUGCAGCAGCGAAUCUGCGCUGGAAUAUCAUGCUGUCAACGAAAGGCACAAAGCAUAUGCGUGUCUACAACCAGGCUGCGGACAACGUUUCGUAUACAGAAUCCUGUAUGAUCAGCAUCACCGUGAACACAUUGAUGGUCAUAAGCGGGUUGAUGAGGAGCACCCACUUGUAUGUGUAGAGUGCUUGGUGGAGUUUAAAAGCAUGGCCAAACUCCAGGAACACGGCUACGAUGCACAGCACAGCCCCUUUGCCUGUUCGUGUGGCAGGAACUUUGCUCGACUUGAUGUCCUCAACCGACAUCUUGACUCUUUGGGAACCGACCUGCCGAAGUUCCCCUGUCAAUUCUGCAAAAAUCACCGUGGGAAAAAUGGGUUCCGGAGAAGAGAUCAUCUACUGCAACAUGUGCGCGGCUACCACAAGUUCGAAGCCGAGGAGAAGAUCGACGGUAUUAUGCCUAACCAUCGUGGAAAGUAUCAAACACCUCCGGUCUGCCACUUUGUGGACUGUUUGCACCACCGGGACGACAUCUUCGAAACACUCAGUCGCGAAGAGCAAAACCGCUCCAAGCCAUUCGAAUCACAGUCGGAAUACACCAAACAUAUGAAGAACGCCCACGACUUCACACAAUACCCCUGUACGGUGAGGGGAUGCAGUAAGACUGGCGCCAAGGGUUACGCGAGGGAGAAAGACUUGAUAAAGCACAGGAAGAAGGAUCAUCCUGAGGCUGGAACGUAUGUUCCGGCAUCGCGAGAUACUAAGAUCACUUGCCUGAUGUGCACCCGCCGCGUACCGAACAAUGGGUACUGGCACAGGUGCCGUCGUUCUUAGGAAUCGCUCAACUUGUUUCUGUGGGUACUGGCAGUUUCCAACGGAGGUUGCAGUAUAUUCCGAGGUCGAGGCCGAUUUGUGGCUGGAAGUUAGGUUCCGCCUACGUGGGCAUCCUGGCCUUGGAGGGGCACGGAAGAGGUGCCUUGGAUUCAUCGACAUCCUCGGCGGACCAGGAGUUGUUUACACUUCGAGGUUUCCGUCCUAGAUCUGUCACCAGAACUAUCAUCUCUUCCUACGCUUUUGGCCGUUGUAACAGUUUUCGCUCUCUUGACAACAGGUGCAUAUCAAAUAAUAUUCACAUAUCGGACUUGGUGACUUAUCCAAUG